CGCUCAUUAAAAGUGAGUCGGACCAUUAUCCCAUUAUGCUACAUCUUCACAACAACAAUAAUGUGAGACAUGCUUCUCCAUUCAAAUUCCUUCGUAUGUGGUCUAAACAUGAUGACUGUGUCAAUGUCGUUAAGCAGGUUUGGAAUUCUUCUAUCUAUGGUUGCCCUAUGUUUAUUUUAUCUCAAAAAUUAAAAACUCUUAAGUCUCACCUUAAGAAUUGGAAUAAUAAUGUGUUUGGUAAUGUGCAUUUAAAAGUUGAAGAAACUGCUACUCAUUUGGAUUUAAUUCAGCAACAUAUUGAUGCUAUUGGUUAUAAUGAUAUUCUGAUGGAGCAGGAAAGAGUUGCUAAGUUGGAGUAUGCUAAGGCUCUUCACUUUGAAGAAGACUUCUGGCAUGAAAAAGCGAGAAUUAAGUGGCAUACUGACGGUGAUCGUAAUACUCAGUAUUUCCAUCAGUUAGCCAAAGUUCGAUAUGCAACUAAGCUUAUUUCUUCUCUCCGUAAUGGUGAUGAUUUGAUAACUAAUGCAAGUGAUAUUGAGAGUCAUGCUCUUACUUGUCUUCCUAGUAUGCAGGAGGUUCACGAUGCUGUUUUUUCUAUGAAUAAAGACGGGGCUCCGGGUCCAGAUGGUUUCGGAGCUAUUUUUUAUCAAACUUAUUGGGACAUAAUUGCGAAUUAUGUGUACAAGGCCGUGUUGCAAUUUUUUUCUAAUGGUUGGAUUCUUCCUAACUAUAACUCUAAUAAUGUGGUUCUUAUUCCUAAGUCUCAUGAAGCAGAUGCUAUUAAUCAAUUUAGGCCUAUUGCUCUUGUUAACUUCAAGUUCAAGAUUAUUUCAAAAAUAUUGGCAGGUCGACUUGCUAUGGUUGCUCCUACCAUCAUUUCUUCCAAUCAAAGAGGCUUCAUUCCAGGGAGACAAAUUUCUGAUUGCAUUUGUUUAACAUCUGAGGCUAUUAACAUGUUAAAUAACAAAACUUUUGGUGGUAAUCUUGCCAUGAAGAUUGAUAUUAGGAAGGCCUUUGACACUUUAGACUGGGACUUUCUCCUAAAAGUGCUUCACACUUUUGGUUUUAGUCCUGUGUUUUGUAAUUGGAUCAAAGUGAUUCUUCAUUCAGCAUGUCUGUCUAUUGUUAUCAACGGCCGGCCGUCUGGUUACUUUACUUGCAGAAGAGGAGUUCGUCAAGGGGAUCCAUUAUCUCCUAUUCUUUUUUGUUUAGCAGAGGAAGUUUUAAGCAGAAGCAUUACAAAGCUUGUUGAAGAUGGAUCUCUUCAGCUUAUUCCUGGAACUCGGGGUAAUUCUGUUCCCUCUCAUAUUCUUUAUGCUGACGAUGUUAUGAUUUUUUGCAGUGGAUCUAUUUCUGCUACCAGAACUAAUAGAAUUGCUGAUAUGUUGGGUUUCUCUAUUGGAACUUUGCCUUUUAUUUAUCUUGGUGUGCCUAUUUUUAAAGGGAAGCCAAAAGCUUGCCAUCUUCAACCGAUUGCGGAUAGAAUUAAAGCUAAAUUAGCUGCUUGGAAAGCCUCUCUUUUAUCCAUUGCAGGCAGAGUUCAGAUUGUUAAGAGUAUUAUCCAUGGAAUGUUGAUCUAUAGUUUCAUGAUAUAUGCUUGGCCUAUUAGUCUGUUGAAAGAUGUUGACAGGUGGAUUAGAAAUUUCAUUUGGAGUGGUAAUGUUGAUCAGCGUAAAUUAGUUACUGUCGCUUGGGAUAAAGUUUGCACUCCCACCAAUGAAGGAGGUCUUAGUCUUCGUUCUUUAAGACAUAUUAAUGAAGCUGCGAAUCUUAAACUGUGCUGGGAGCUAUUUACAUCAUCUAAUCAUUGGGCGUCCCUUCUCAGAGCUAGGGUGAUGCGUAGUUAUGGUAUUAUUGAUUAUCAUAUUUCUUCUUCUAUUUGGUCAGGUAUCAAGCAUCAUAUACCUAGUGUUACUGAUAAUACUUGUUGGCAACUUGGUAAGGGUGACCAGAUUAAUUUCUGGACAGAUUCUUGGGUGGGUGACCCUUUGGUGGACCUUUUGGAUAUCCCUCGCCAUUCUCAUGCUCUAUUACAGGCUAAGGUGGCAAACUUUAUUGCUAAUGAUCAUUGGCUUAUUCCUCACUCUAUUACUUCGAGCUAUCCUAAUUUGGUGCUGUUAUUAAAUUCUGUCACUAUUCCUAUUAGUAAAACUAAUGAUGAGUUAAGAUGGAUUCAUUCUGAUAGCGGGGUCCUUUCAUUUAAAGAUGCUUACUUGUUUCACAGACCUAUAGGGCAACAUAUUCCUUGGGCUAAAAUUAUUUUGUGUGAGGAUAUUCCUCCCUCUAAAUCUUGUUUGAUGUGGAGAAUCAUGCAUAAUAGAUUACCUACAGAUGAUCUUCUCUCUCGUAGAGGUUGUUAUAUUGUCUCCAAAUGCGAUCUUUGUGGGGAGUCUGCUGAAACCAUACAUCAUAUUUUUUGUGAUUGUUGUUUUUCUAAGGAUAUUUGGCAUUGGUUUGCCUCUGUUCUUUCCUUGCACGUUGACACAAGCACUGUUAGUUCUAUUUUUGAUAUUUGUAACAAAAAUUGGAACUCUCAAUGUAAAACUGUUGUUAUUUCUGCAGUUGUUAAUAUUUUUAAUACUAUAUGGUGGUGCAGGAACCAACAUAGAUUUGAGGGAAAAUCUAUUCAUUGGAGAUCUGCGGUCAACUCAAUUAUCUCCAAUGUUUCUUUAUCUGGGAAUUUAUCUAAAAAAGCUUCUUUCAUUUACAUGCAGGAAUUCAUCAUUUUGAAAGCUUUUAAUGUCAAUGUCCAUCACCCCAAAGCACCUGUCAUCAAAGAAGUAUUGUGGCAACCUCCGCUUUAUAAUUGGGUUAAAUGCAACACAGAUGGUUCAGCGUUGGGUAGCCCCGGUCUUGCUUCUUGUGGGGGUAUUUUUAGAGACUAUACUGCUACUUUUCUAGGGGGGUUUUCUAUUAAUAUUGGAAACUCUUACGCCCUUCAUGCUGAACUUAUAGGUGUUAUGAAUGCUAUUGAGAUCGCUCAUUCAAAAGGGUGGAACAAACUUUGGAUUGAAUCAGAUUCACAAUUGGUUAAUUUAGCUUUUAAGUCCGCCCACAUUGUCCCUUGGAAGCUUCGUAAUAGAUGGUUCAAUUGCUUGACGUUGACUAAAACCAUGCAUUUUAGAGCGACUCACAUUUAUCGUGAAGGGAACUGUUGUGCAGAUCGAAUGGCUGCUUUAGGCAUUAAUGUUAAUGGUUUUUACUGGUGGGGCAAUGUUCCGCCGAGUGUUCAAGGAGAUUAUAUUAGUGACAUCUGUGUAAACACUGUCGAUGUUUCGUACCUUUGCAAGCGAAUGAAAGAGUUGGAGUAUCGGUGGUGCCCUAAAGAAUGUUGCGGCAGAGUUGAGAUAAUUGAAGAAGCAGUUAUAAGAGCUGUUGGAGAAGAAGUUCGUUUGACCAAACGUAUCAUCGUGCAGAGCUUCAAUGUUGUUGGUGAAGGAGAAAGAUGGGAAUAA